GAACCACCCCUAGGAAAAGUUCUGGAGUGCACGUAGACUCGGAGCCGAGCAGAGCGCACGGUUUGAGUCGCGUGUCAGAACCGGCAGAUCAAAUCCGAGGUAGGCCACGGCAGAGAGAGAGAGAGAGAGAGAGAGAGAGAGAGUGGACGACAGGUGAAGCCGGCUUCAGGGGCUCUCAGCUCGGGGGGCUUUCAGCUCGGGGGGCUUUCAGCUGGGCAGAAGAAGGACACUCUGGGAGUUGACUGACACCGGACCCCAGACCCAUCAGAUUGAAGGCCAGGGCCUGUUGUUGAUGUUGGAAGACGCGUCUCAACGUAGGACAUGGCGUGCCACUUUUUGGACAAAGCCUAACCUGACCUGGGGGGAGAUACGGAGAAACGGAAGGCCCAACGACUGCAGAGAGAGACUACAUUUUCAGGCUUUGCCGUGUGCUUGCUGUAUAGAAAGGACCAGGCUGGGGAGGAUGAGUGUGGGAUUCAUAGGUGCGGGUCAGCUGACCCAUGCGCUGGUGAGAGGUCUCUCUGCUGCAGGUGUACUUGCUACGCACAAAAUCACUGCCAGCUCCCCAGACACAGAUCUACCCACAGUACACGGUCUCAGGAAACUGGGUGUGAACUUCACCACCAGCAACAAGGAGACAGUUAGUAAGAGUGAUGUUCUCUUCCUGGCUGUGAAGCCUCACAUCAUCCCGUUCGUCCUGGACGAGAUCGGACCAGAAAUCGAAGAACGGCACCUCAUUGUGUCCUGUGCGGCCGGUGUCACCAUAAGUUCCAUAGAAAAGAAGCUGAGCCAGUACCGCAGUGAGCCCAAGGUGAUGCGCUGCAUGACCAACACGCCGGUGGUGGUGCGGGAGGGCGCCACGGUGUACGCCACGGGCACCCACGCCCAGGUGGAGGACGGCCGGCUGCUGGAGCAGCUGAUGGCGAGCGUUGGCUUCUGCACGGAGGUGGAGGAGGACCUCAUCGACGCCGUCACGGGACUCAGCGGCAGCGGCCCCGCCUACGCGUUCUUGGCAGUAGACGCGCUCUCGGACGGUGGGGUGAAGAUGGGCCUGCCCAGGCGGCUCGCCGUGCGCCUCGCCGCCCAGGCCCUGCUUGGAGCCGCUAAGAUGUUGCUGGACUCGGAGCAGCAUCCUGGCCAACUGAAGGACAACGUGUGCUCGCCAGGGGGCGCCACAAUCCACGCACUGCACGUCAUGGAGAGCGGGGGCUUCCGAAGCCUCCUCAUCAACGCCGUGGAGGCGUCGUGUAUUAGGACAAGAGAGCUGCAGUUCUUGGCGGACCAGGAGCAGAUUUCCCCGGCGGCCAUAAAGAAGACCACCCUGGACAAGGUUCUGCAGCAGCCCGGUGUGACCAUGUCUGGGGGGGUCGGCCGCGCGGGCCGCAUCAGUAUCUUCACCCAGAGCAACCCAAGGUCAAAGAAGUGAACUGGGCCCCACCCCUUGCAUAGGACUCAUCGUGCAGGUCAAAGCAAUGUUACAUGUUGUCUGUAAAAACUUUGAACCACUUGCGUCAGGGAGGUAAAACAAAGCCUUCAUUUGAAAAAGAUUAAAAAAAAAUGUUUUAAGUGAGGCUGGGAUGAUAUCCAACAGACAUUGUUGCCUGCAUUGUACUUCAAACUUGAAUAAAAUCUUG